AUGUCGCUUGGAGCGAACAAGAAGUUAUCAGGAUCCAGUGACUCGGAAACCAUGCAGAAGACACCGAUUCGGCGGCCUGCAUUGCUAGACAGAUGGGCCAGCGAUCUGGAGCACAUGCAGCAGGCCGCCCUGGGAGAGCCGUCGAUCCAAUGGGCAAGGUUCCCGUCCCCCAACGAUCAAACGAAGGUGGCCGCUCCUGUGCCCCGGAGCACCUGGAAGGUUCCUCGGCCGCUGACCCCACAUUUACCGCUGGAAAGAGAAGCUGACGAGAUCACUACCGUCGCUGACGAAUGCCCUCACUCACUCUCACUCUCGCUCCUCAUUGGUAACGGGAGAAGUACACAAAACAAGUUAUUUCUCAAUCACUUUGCGAUAAAUAGCGACACCCAACCCUCAUCUCGUUCCACGACACAAGACACUCACUCACAUACCCAAGCUGCCAAAAUGGUCGUCCUCCACGCAACAAAUCUCACAGAGUUCACAAACCUCCUCUCAUCAAACACAUACCUCGUCGCCGACUUCUACGCAGACUGGUGCGGCCCCUGCCACGCCAUCAAACCGAUAUACGAAUCCCUCUCAAACACCCACGGCCAGCCAGGCUCCCUCGUCUUUCUUAAAGUAAAUGUCGACUCCGCUCAGGAUAUCGCCCGACGCUAUGGCGUGACUGCGAUGCCGACCUUCAUGUUCUUUGAAAACGGCCAGCCCUACAACGGCGGACGGAGCGUCAUCCGCGGCGCCGAUCCCAGGAGCUUGCAGACCACCGUUCAGGAGCUGGGUGGGCUGGCCAGGAAGAAGGCCGCGCAGAAGGCCGAGGCCGAGAGGAAGAAGAAGGAAGCCGCCGCAGCCGCCGAGAAGGACGUCAAGCCUGAUGAUGGUUCCACUGUCUCUGGCGGCUACACCCUCGGCGGCAACACGGGCCCGAGGUCGGACUGGAAAAUGUCCUUGAGGGGGUGA